UUCCUAAAAGGCUAAUAGCACUAGUAGUCAUGUUACCCUCUUCUUUCAAUGCAGGUGGAUGCACAAAGAAAAAAUAAAAGUAUAGUCUGGGACUAUUUUAGUCAACCCACCCCAGGACGGGCAAUGUGCAACACAUGCAAAAUCAAUGUGAGCAUGGGAUCUGCAACUGCAAAAACAAAGAAUACAUCAAAUCUUUGGACCCAUCUAAGAAUUAAUCAUGUUGAAUUAUUUAAUGACGCAGAAAAAGAAAGGGAAUCAUCUCAAACACCAGAUUUACUCCAGCCAAAAAUAAAAGACUUAUUUCAGAAACACACAAAGUGGCAAAAUUCCGAUGAAAGAUCCCAACUUCUGGACAGAGCAAUCACAGAGAUGAUGGUUACGGAUAACCAGCCAUUUACAAUGGUGUCUGACUCUGGCUUUAAGCGCUUGAUGUCCAUAGUUGAGCCAAGGUACACACUGAAAAAUGAAAAGUUUUACAGAACGGAAAUGCUGCCAAAGAUUCACCACAAGGUGGUUCAAAAAGUGAAAACAAUGUUACAACCAGAGGACGCUGGCAAUUCACUUUCAUUCACUACUGACUGCUGGUCUGGAUCAACAGAAUCACUAAUGACUCUUACGUGUCACUUCAUUGAUAAUGGAUGGACAAAAAGGCAGUUGGUGUUGAACACAAAGGUGAUGCAAGGAUCCCACACUGGCGAGUACAUUAAAGAAAUGUUUCUAGGCAUGCUUGAUGACUGGGGGAUAACCAAAGAUCGAGUGCUGCUUGUGCUUCGAGACAGUGGAGCAAACAUGGUGAAAGGAAUGAAGCUUGUUGAAGUGUCAGAUCUCAGCUGCAUGGCACACACCCUGCAACUUGUAGUAAAUGAUGGUCUGUCAAGCCAGAGAGCUGUGAUCGACAUAAUUGCCAUGCUAAAGAAGUGCGCAAGUCAUUUCCACCAUUCAUUCAUUGCCAAGCACCGACUGAGGUGCAUUCAGUCAGACCUUGGCCUGCCCCACAACAGCCUGAUUCAGGCUGUUCCAACACGGUGGAACUCCACACUCCAUAUGCUACAAAGAAUGCUGGAACAAAAGCGAGCUCUUAGCAUCUACGCUGGUGAACAUGGAGGAUAUUCUUGCCCUAAUGCUGAUCAGUGGGAGAUUGUAGCAAAUCUGAUUCAGACCCUCCUGCCAAUAGAGGAAGUGACCCUAGAGGUUAGCCAUAACGACUCAAGUGUGUCAUCCGUCAUUCCAUGUGUGAGAGUGCUGAAGAUGCUUCUUCAAGAGAAUGAAGGGCCCACUACACGAGGCAUUAAAACGCUUAGGGAGGUCAUGAAGGAAAGCCUCAACAAAUGUUUUUUGAAGUAUGAAGAGAAUAUAAACGUAGUGUUGGCAUGUCUUUUAGAUCCUCGAUUCAAACAUCAUGCUUUCUCUUCUGAUAAUGUAUUGAGCAAGGCAAAAGAAUGGCUGACAGAAGAUAUGCAAAAGGAGGUGCAGGUUCUAGAAAGGUCACAUCUGGAAGAGCCUGAUGUUACUAGUCUGGAAGAGCCUACUACUAGUACUACUAGUCUGGAAGAGCAGGAUGAUGAUGCCACAGAAACAUACAAAUUCCCAAAAAGGAAACACAUGGAAAAAAGGCUUAAACAUGGCCAAAUUGAUGCCAUGUUCAGCGUUUUAUUGGGGCCUCAUGUAGAGGAUUCUCUAACUAUACCAAAAGUCUGCCUUGAUGAUGAGCUUCAUCUCUAUUUGAAAGAACCAGUGAUCAAUAGAAAGGACAAUCCACUUGAGUGGUGGAAAGAAAAUGAGGCACGCUUUAAAACCCUUGCUUCUUAUGCCAGAAGAUACCUUUGCUCUCCACCCUCCUCUUUUUAG